CCUUCCUGGAGGCUGUGGGUGGAGUCUCUUCGUGGCUUUAACUGGUGCGUAAUGUGCCGCUGUGGUGUCAUUACGCACACGGAGCUCACCAAGAGCGUAAGAGGAGCGCGACGCAACUGGACUUUUUAAGAACAAUUCUUUUACAACAAAGUCAGAGAUACAUGUUGAUGCUGUGUCUCUGAAGGAAAAACCACUGACCUGUUGUUGAUUAUAUGAUGACCGAGCUGUGCAGUUGUUGGACUCUCGUUGAAAAGAAGAUUAGAUGAUUCUCGUUUUAUCAUAGUGCCGCCCAGGAACACCGGACCCUCAAUGAGAUGUCGAAAUGCCAGCUGACCUCUGACCCUCGCACCAUGGACCUCCGUCUGCAAGCCAACCCUCAGCUCCACUACGGGGUCAACAAGGACGCUGUCCAAAACUCCAGGCCAGGCCAAGAUAAUGCGUUGCAGUUUCUGAGCCCGGAGGAGCAGGAGUGCCUCCAGUUCUUUAAGGAGACCAUUGACUCGUUGGAGGAGACUCUGGAGGAGAACGACCAGUGGACCGGGCAAGUGAAGCUUCCCACAAAUAGAAGCGGUCCUGUCGAAGCUGUUGACAGACCCCCAACUUCGAGUCCCAACCCCGGGGUCAUAGUAUCCUCUGUCCUGGCCAGACCUCCCAGUCCCAAAGAUCAGGAUAUUAUAGACCUGGUCCACCCAGAACCGGACUUGGUGCAGACCAAAAAGCCGAUCUUGAGUUCCACCAGUCCAGAUUUUCCUGAAAGCCACUUUGAGAUAAAGCCAAGGUGUGAUCAAGUGGACAGCUUUCCUUCAGAGUACAACCCUCCCCUACCAAGAGGCAGCUAUGGGUCGACAGACAGCCACUCCUCCUACCACCCUCCAGGCUGUAUCCCCACCCCAGUCCUGAUUGCCCAGAAGAUAGCCGAGAACCAGGCAGGAACCUCUAACUUCCUGACCUCCUCGCUCCGCCGUUGCAGCCUGGAGUCUGACAAGCCACCGAGCAACAGCGUUGAUCUUCCUGUUAAACAGGGUCCUCCUACCUCUGCUAAGCCUAACCGCUUUCCUGCUAACAUCAGCGUGAUCCUCGGCAGCAAGGAGCACCAGAACCAGUCGCUGGCUAAUGUGAACAUCCAUGAGAGACGGGCGCAGAUGCUGGCAAACCUACCAGGAUCGUCACACCCUCUGCUGCAGGAAUAUCCUCAGCCAGCUGUGGAGCAGAACGCUCGAAAUACUCCUUCUCGCAGCAUUUCCUUCAAGGACCCCUCACCAGACAAAUCCAGGAUGGAGGCCCUGUCUAAACUGGGCCUGACCAGGAACCGAGCCAUGUCCGGGGGUGUGUCGCUCCUCGCCACCUCUGACAGCACCUCUCUGGAUCCUCUCACAGGUGCAGAAACAAGUGCCAAACCUCUGGAGGCCGGUGUUUCCCCAAAAACAGAAACCAGCACCAAAUUUCCAGAAGCCAACCUUAUGACACCACAUCAGAGCCAGAUUCAUGUCGACAGAAAACCAGAGAUUCUGCGGACAGAUUCCCUCAGGAGACUUGAAGAUAGAAACCCCCAACCGAGCCCUCCAGCAGUCACACAGAGCAGCUACUAUCCACCUCCUUUGGAAAACAAGGCAUCUGUUCCCCCUCCGCCUGAGGUCACCUCGCUGGAAUUUAACAGCUACGGAGGGAAAUCUAUCAUGGUCAACCCUUCUGUUUCCUCCAGGAGUGAACCUGCACCCUCUCCAACUAGCCAUGAACCCAAAAUCCUCCCACCUGCGCUGGCUAACCCCAGCGAGUUCAACACCUACGGAGGAAAGACCAAAGUCAUGAUCCCUGCUCCUGUACCUGUGACCAGGAGCGACCUUCCUGACAUCCUCAGCUCCCAUAUCAACAAGAGUCAAACCUUGCCCACCAAAUCAGAGCCGCUACCCACUGAGCUUAACAAUUACGGAGGAAAGAGCCGAACCAUCGACCCCUCCACCGGAUUAAAUCGCCCUUCGGACAGCCCGGCAAGGAGUUUCAAAGCUCCAGCCCCAACCCCAGCCCCAAGACCUCCUCGGCACUCCUACCACGGCAGUGUUACUAACCAGAAAGCAGCGCCGCAAGCUUUGUCCCCUAAACACAAGAGAGAGAGAGGGAGAUCCAGCUCCAUGUUUCGUCCCCAAGGCAUAACUGUGCAGUUUUCUGGACGGGGGGCGACGGACGCAUCUCGCAGGGAGGCAUUGAGGAAACUGGGGCUGAUGAAAGACUCUUGAUAAACUCUGGAAAUGUAUUCUUCAGUCUCUACCUGUCGAGCCUGAGUCUCUGGUCUGUACCUGCUGGUGGAGGUGGAAUGUUAGAAGUUUCCCCAUUUAUGUCUGAGCAUGAGGAGUGGUUGGAGAGAGACCUACUUUUAAAGAGGAAUGGACCCAGAUCCUACGCUAGACCUGCACAGCCAGUUCUCACUUCUUGGUCAUAAAAAAACUGACAAACAAGUGCAACACGGUGCAGCCGCUGCCCACUCGACACUGUUUCACUGACUAAAGUCUUGACAGAUAAACUACAAACUGGUUUUAUGUUGCCUCUGAACCAAGACAUUGUAUACCUCUGCACAAGAUAUUUUGGAACAAACUGAUGCUGUAAAGAGGACCAUCCUCUUCCUGCAGGAAUCAAACCAUAUUUGGUCUCCUGUCUCACUUUUGUCUUAAGAUGCUUUUGAUUUUUACUUAAUUUGAUUUUAUAUUUGUAUUUAUGACAAAAGUAAGGCUGGAUUAUGAACCGGGCAAAGCAGGCAACUGUCCCUGUGGCCCAGACCCUCCAGGGCCCCAAAAACCCCAGGUACGUUAUGUGGCAGUUAAUUUUUGGUAAUUUUAUUAACUGCAAAUUUGUUUGGUUAUAUGCUAAAGCACAAUAUAAACUGAAAUGGAAAGGGCCUUGAGGUGGCUCCUCAGUUUUUAUCUAAUUUUGAGGCCUUAUCUUGUGGCGGGGCCCUGUGUCAAAAUCUAGUUUUAAUACCAUUAUUAUUUCAGUUUUUAAAUAAAUUUGCUUAAAAUUGCUACAAACUAGAUGACACGCUGCAAAUUUAGUAGUCCAGAAUAGGAUUUUUUCUGCGGCUCUGGUAAAUGUAUGGCAAUAUAUGGCCAUGUGUGGUCAGGCGGAUCGACGCUGGGGGGGGGGUCAGUGGGUGCCCAGAGCUUAAUUUUAAUCUGGCCCUGGGAAAAAUGUCUAUUUUUAGCUGCAAGAAAAUUAUUGCAGUUGUAAAAUGUAAGGAGAAAAAUUAAGACAAAAUGCAAAUUAGCGGCUACUCAUGCACAAGAGUAAUUUAGGUAUUAAAGGAACAAUGAGCCCUCGCCACAUACUCAGAGAAGACCUCCUGACAUUUGUUUCUGUAUCCAGUUUAAGUUAUAAUAUUUGUUUUACGGCAUCACUUUACUUCUAGCAGCUGUCAGGAAAGUGAAAUUAAUGUUCAUACACAGGCUGUGAAGUCCUUAUCACCCUUGUUACAUGGUAACCUUUUGUGUUUUCACUGGUUUGUUUACCGACUUUGGGCAUUUUAGUCAGCGGUGAGUGUGUGGGGUUUUUUUUUUCUGUCAGCACUUUGGGCCAAGAACAAAGUUGAAGGCACUUUUCUCUAAAGCAAUUUUAUUACUUCUGAUAUUACCAAAACUAUCUUCUAAAGAGCAAAAGCUUUUAAAGAGGCAUGCAGAUAUAAAAUGAACAAUAGAGGAUCCAAGAAACAUGUCACAAAAGGCACACUCAGUGCCUGUUUUAAUUGUUCUGGAAACUAAUAUCUCCAUUGAUUCCAUUAAAUCUGAUGUCCUGGAAUAACAAUGGUGCAGAAGUUUUAGUGAAAAGAGCCUGGGGUUUCUUGAAGAUGUAAAGCUGAGCAGUAGGAUAUUUUUACUCCACAGACAAACCUCCCACACCAAACCACAGACUGUGGAAUGGGUUUGUGGGCAGGACUUUUACUUUUUUACUACGCAGAGGGAAUACUUUAAAACUGCUCUUUAGGGAUGGGCGAACACAUGGCAUUGUACAAAACACAAGCACUAAAACCACAGAGUCUAGAAAUACAUCCUGGGUUACUUAAGUGUUUUUAUUCCUUUCAAGCUGUUGUCGAUAACUUUGCUGUUUCUGACAUUUGCAAAUGUGUUAUUUAACUGUUGUAGCAGCAUAAGCAUGUAUGUAUGUAUGUAUGUAUGUGUGUAUGUAUGUAUGUAUGUAUGUAUGUGUGUAUGUAUGUAUGUAAGUAAGUAUGUAUGUGUAUGAAAGUUUACUGUGUUUUAUCCAGACUCCGGCCUCUGUAGUUCACCUACAGUAACUUUUGAAGUGUAUUUUGUUUCACACACAAGUACCACAGUACGUCUCCUGUGUGGAUAUUUUUGUGAAUUUUGUUUACGGACUCCGGUUCUCUGUAGUUCGGCUACAGUCACUUUGAAGUAUCUAAUGGUGCAUACAUACAGUUUAUAACUACAUUCUGUAUAACAUAGCCUGCUUUAAAAAGUGCAUCCAUGUGUGGUAAAUGGCAAGAUCAGUGGCCAUGUGACAGUUGCAGCUAUGGUACGACAGCCUGUUAUAUUUUCUGACUUUUGAAAUGUCCAUAUUAUAUACUGUAUAUACUCUGCUUAAUAUAUCUACUGUUGAAUUUUUGUCAGUCAUUAAAAAGAAUAAUGUAA